CACAGAAUCUGUGACGUACAACACAACCAGUGUCAGAAAUUGCCCUUGUAAAAAUGAACAUAUAUUUUAAAAUAUAAACUUUAACCAUGUUUUGAAAAAAGAUAUAUCUCAAAAAGAAAAACAUGCAUUUAUCAAGAAUAUUCAGAUCAUUAUCUUUUAUGAGGGAUCAUAAUUUGUUGCUGAAAAGUCAUCAAAUUGCAUCACAUUCUAAAAGUUUUCCAAAGAAAUGUUUUGGAAUUUGGAGUUCAAAAAAAGUAACAGAAUGGAACAAAGCAGUUUCAGAUGCAGAGAAACUUGUUGGCUAUCCAACUUCAUUGAUGGGGCUCAGAUGUUUUUUGAGUGAUGAAAUAUCAAAUGUUGCUAUUCAAAUGAGGAAACUUGUUGGUUCUAAACAUCCUUUACUUCAGACAGCUAGAGGUCUGAUUUACAAUGAUUCCCACACAUUACAGACAAGAGGAUUAAUUGUUUUACUUGUAUGUAAAGCUGCAGGACAGCCGUCUGGUUCUGAACAGGACAUAGAUAACAGUCAAAGAGCAUUAGCUGAGAUAACAGAGAUGAUAUACACAGCAUGUCUGAUACACAAAGGUGUGGUCAAUAUGUCUGAUUUUGACAGGGUUGAUGAGGUGUUGGAGGGGAUGUCAUCUGGAAAUAAAAUGGCUACGUUGACAGGAGAUUUCCUUCUAGCUAAUGCUUGUACAGAAUUGGCCAGAUUAGAAAAUACUCAGGUAGUAGAAAAUAUUUCAUGUGCAAUUGGUAAUUCAAUGGAGGCUGAGUUUACCAAGAUAAAGAAUUAUAAAACCGAUGUAACAUUUGAUGAUUGGUUAGACCAGACAUACCUUACAUCAGGGAGUUUACUGGCACAUAGUUGUCAGUCAGCUUUGUUGUUAGUCGGACAUAAUAAAUCUUAUCAAACUGCAGCUUUCAACUUGGGUAAAAAUUUGGCAGUAACUCGACAGUUAUAUGAGGAUAUCAACAGGUUCACACAGCCAGAAACAGAUGAUAUAUCUCCUAAUAUUCUCUCCACGGCACCAGGGGUCCUGUACCUUGGAAACAGAUCUGUAGACUUCACACAAGAAUUACUAGAAGAUCCCAAAGAACAAAAAAAGAUUUUAAAGAAAAUAAAAGACAGUGGGGAGUUACAGCAAUGUAAAGACUUAUGUAAACAGUAUGGUGUGAAAGCUAGACAAUCAUUACAUGUAUUUGAACAAUCUGUACCUAGAGAUGCUCUGUUUAGAAUUAUAAAUGCCACAACAGUAUCAUGACGAAAAAUAAACAUUUUUUAUCAAUAUACUUUCUGGUUUAAUACUUGAAAAAGACAUGGACAAAGAUGUUUUUCUGGGAUAGCUUGAUCAAAGUUUGUGUUGACCUACUGGCUGUCAGUUACUGCAACUACACUUGAAUUUCAAGUAAUAAUAGACAAAUGUACAAUUUACUCUUUCCGUUAAUCCCCUGUGUUGUUCUAUUUGAUUAUGGACGGUCAUCAUGAGAGAAGAAAUCUGGAGUAUUUGAAAUACAAUCAACUGUUUUCCUGUUCUUGAUAUUCAGCAGAAGAUUGAUGGUCAUUCUGUUUAUCAAUCAAUUAUUUAUUUAUGAAUAAUGAAAUGCUAAUCUAUUAAAACAGUUAAGAACGGGUGUAUAAUUAUUAAAAAGAAGAUGUGGUUUGAUUGCCAAUAAGAAAACUAUUAAGAAGAGACAAAAUGAAACAGAAAUUAACUAUGCAUAGAAU